GCACAGUGAACCCGCCGUCUGUAUUCCUCACACGGCGUCUCUCUGCGGCCAUGGUAACACUGUCCUCAACCCAGGACCUCUGAUUCAAACAAAACACAGCAAACAAGUGCUUUUCAUGCAGCUCUUAUUCAGCAUGAAUCUGGCAGAGAUAUGUGACAACGCCAAGAAGGGCCGGGAGUAUGCUUUGCUGGGGAACUACGACUCCUCCAUUGUGUACUACCAGGGCGUCAUUCAGCAGAUCCACAAGCACUGCCAGUCCCUCAGAGACCCUGCGCUCAAAGUCAAAUGGCAACAGGUUAGGCAGGAACUAACAGAGGAGUAUGAGCAAGUGAAAGGCAUCAUGGGAACGCUCGAGAGCUUUAAGUCGGAGAAGCCAGUUGACAUCCUUGCCCCUCAGUGCGAGGAGAGACCUGAGGAUCCAGCAGUUUGGCCCCCUCCCACCCCUGCAGAACACAGGAAUCCUAUUGCAGUGAAGCGCCCCAACAGUGCCGUGAAGCAGCAGAGGAAGGACUCCCCCGGUCUGCAGCAUCGAGGGGCAGGGCCAGGAGGCCGCGGUCAGGCCAACCCUAAACCAGACCGGCCAGGAUUCAGAGACGCCCGAGGCACAAAGGCCAAAGACGAUAAGGGAAAGAAAGGAGCUGGGGACACACCGGGGGACGUAGAGCAGAAGAAGUUUGAUGGCACAGGACACGACAGCGACCUGGUGGACUCACUGGAGAGAGACAUUGUGUCCCGUAACCCUAACGUACACUGGGAUGACAUUGCUGAUCUGGAAGAUGCUAAGAAACUGCUGAGAGAAGCAGUGGUUUUGCCCAUGUGGAUGCCUGACUUUUUUAAGGGCAUUCGUCGCCCCUGGAAGGGUGUGUUAAUGGUUGGCCCUCCUGGGACAGGAAAGACCAUGUUGGCCAAAGCUGUGGCCACAGAAUGCGGGACUACUUUCUUCAACGUGUCCUCCUCCACCCUCACCUCCAAAUACAGGGGCGAGUCAGAAAAACUUGUUCGCCUGUUGUUCGAAAUGGCCCGCUUUUAUGCACCGACAACCAUCUUCAUAGACGAGAUCGACUCCAUCUGUGGCAGAAGAGGAACGUCUGAUGAGCAUGAAGCCAGCCGCAGGGUCAAAUCAGAACUUCUGGUUCAGAUGGAUGGCGUGGGCGGAGCUAUGGACAAUGACGAUCCCUCUAAGAUGGUGAUGGUCCUCGCUGCCACCAACUUCCCCUGGGACAUCGAUGAGGCGUUGCGCCGACGGCUGGAGAAGCGGAUCUACAUCGCCCUGCCCACAGCUGUGGGUCGUGUAGAGCUUCUGAAGAUCAACCUGAGGGAGGUGGAGCUGGCUGGUGACGUGAACCUGGACCUCAUCGCUGACAAGAUUGAGGGCUACUCUGGAGCAGACAUCACCAACGUUUGCAGAGAUGCGUCCAUGAUGGCGAUGCGGCGUCGAAUCCAAGGCCUUAGCCCCGAGGAGAUCCGAGCUUUGUCCAAAGACGAGCUGCAGAUGCCUGUGACAAUGGAGGACUUCACACUCACACUCAAGAAGAUCUCCAAGUCCGUCUCUGCUGCUGACCUGGAAAAAUACGAAGCCUGGAUGGCUGAGUUCGGGUCAGUUUAGAGAACAUUUAGACCCAGAGGGACCAGAACCUUGAAAGGAGGACCAGCAGCUUUGAAAAUGAUGAAAGCCUUGAAGAGUAGGUGACUGUGUGUGUGUGUGUGUGUCACAGAGCUGAGUGAACUCUAGUAUGUGAACCAGGGAGCACAUCGGGGAUCAGGAUUAUACCGGGGCUCAAGUUCACAUCAGAAGACUGGUGCCUUUUGAGAGAGCAUGAUGAGAACUUUCAGUGGCUUCACUCCUGCCCUUUCACAAUAUUCUCCCCUCGUUGUUGCUUCGACACAAUUGUCCGUGUAGAGACUAUCAAUCAUCCGGCUGCUGACUGACUUAAGAGACCUGAGGAAGACUGGGGUGAUUCUCUCUCACACAGGGAACUUUUAAUGUAAAAAGUAGCCGAAUUCACACAGGUAGACCAGGGAAUGCACAUUAGUUUUACUUGUAUAUUCGGCCUCUUGCAAGAACAUUUUAUAUAUGAUUAUCCUAAUGUUCUCUUACCUUUUUUGUGUUCCAAGUCAGAUUUGCCGAACUCUG